GACCCGUAUUCUAUAUACCUUUGACAGAAUAUCAAACCAGACUGCAUCAUGCGAGCAAUUGUAAUGGCAGAAGUACCGACGAUAAAAUUACCGAAUAGCGUAGUGAUGUCGGUUAUUGGAAUAAGAACUUAUAAGAGGUCAAGACGACAGUGAAAGAAUUGUUUGAUAAAGAGAGACGAAUCGGAGCGGAUCGCAUAAUUCAAUCCGAUGAUUACGACUAUGUCGAUACUCGAGGGCCAUGGAAAACGACUACGAAGUAGGUUCAGCAAAAAAUAUUUUAAUAAUUUCAACGAAAAACAGUUGAAAAGAUUGAGGAAAGCAUAAAAAAUCGUACCUGUUACCAAUCAAGUCAAAUGCCAGUCGUCCUCGACUCAAAAUUUGAAAUUAAUAGUAUGGCGAAAAAAUACAAGACCGCUGCACAAAUCAUAUUACAGCACCAGGUACAUCGUGGCCAUGUUAUCUGCCAUAAGUCUCUUACAAAAUCACUCACGGAAGAAAGCUUAGAUAUUUUCGAUUUUGAACUCACCAAUGAAGACAUUGAACUCAUCGAAUUCUUGGCUUGAAUCCGCAGAUUCUGCCGGUUGUUAGCAUAAGAUUGCGGCUCUGUGCCGCGUUACCUGUUUGUAAAAUAAAACGAACUUAUCUUAAGUAUUGCAAAACGAUAAUGCAACUUUUCAAGUGCAUCAAACGCCCAUAGUAACCGUUCGAAAAGCAUGAUCGCUGACAAGGAAACAACACGUGCCUGACCCGUAACUAUACAUCACAAUUUCUUCAAUAUAUCCACCUGAGUGUCAUUUAUUUACCAAACUAAUUCAACUGUUAUCACAUCAAUGGUUGUACGGCUGUAAUUAGCACAGUACAAAAGGUACCUAUCAUAAUUUCGCAUUACAUCAUUUGCAUGGUAACUACGGACCAAAUGCAGGUGAAUAAAAAUAUGUAACUAGAUGAGAAAUAAUGAAAAGAUGUCUUUAAUUUUGAAUCAGUUUCAUGCAAAGAUACCAUUGCUAUGUGCGGAGAACAUAUUCAAAUGAUAUUCGAAAAGAGACCCGAAAAGAGACCUCGUCGUAAGGUUUCGUGAGUUAUGGCCCAUAAUCAGAGAACAUGGGAAUAAUCCCGGGACGAGAUGAUAAGCAGCGCUAUCAGCUUCGGGAACAUCGCGAUUAGUACUCGACUAGGAAUUUGAAAGGAUUAUUUAUCAGACGCAUGCGUGGAUGAUAACCACGUGGUUAUAGAGCACAUGUAUAUAUAAUAGAGUUUACUAGGCGUUCGAUAGAGUGGCUUUGAUCUCUUGCUUUUAAGGCGAAGUAGAAGUAGAAGGCGAAUAAACUUGUUGUCGUGUAGUAUUUUGCUGACUAUUUUACAUUUUAUUAGCCCAUUUUUCAUAUUUUGCGCAGGGCGUAACGAAUCAAGUAUCGUUGAAUUGUUAAUUGCGUAAUGGCGAAGAUACCGGCAGUGAAGUUCUACAAUGGCGCAGAGGUCCCGAUCCUCGGACUCGGAACGUGGAGGUCCGCGCCUGGUGAAGUAACUCAGGCCGUAAAAGAUGCGAUCGACAUAGGCUACCGUCAUAUCGAUGGGGCUCAUUUUUACGGAAACGAAAAAGAAAUCGGCGAAGCUAUUCGAAGUAAAAUUGAGGAAGGUGUCAUCAAAAGAGAGGAUAUUUUCUACACCGGCAAACUUUGGAAUACUUUUCAUAGGCCAGGAGCUGUCGAACCUGCGCUAAGGACGACUUUGGAUGAUCUUGGUUUUGACUACGUCGACCUCUACUUGAUACAUUGGCCGUUUGCUUACAAAGAGGGAGCCGACCCCAACCCUAAGGAUGCGAAUGGUAAACUCGUGUUUGCGGAUUAUGACUACGUUGAUACUUGGAAGGCUAUGGAAGAUAUUCACGAAAAGGGAUUGGCAAAAAAUAUCGGGGUCAGCAAUUUCAACAAAGAACAGCUGGAAAGAUUGUUGAAAACUGCCAAAAUCAAGCCGGUCACUAAUCAAGUCGAAUGUCAACCUUAUUUAGCUCAAUUCGAGCUUUCCGGAUACUGCAAAUCAAAGGGUAUCGUUCUCACGGCUUACCGACCGAUCGGAGGCUUGGGAAAGCCUUGGGAACCAAAACUCAGGGAGGAUCCUGAAAUCGCGCGCAUUGCAAAAAAAUACAACAAGACCAUUAGUCAAAUCCUGCUACGCUACCAGGUUGAUCGCAGCCACGUCGUGAUCCCAAAGUCCGUGAACAAAUCUCGUAUCAAAGAGAACUUCGAAAUUUUCGACUUUGAACUAUCUGAACAGGAUGUUGAUCUCAUAAACUCUUUGAACCGUGAUCUCAGACUCUGCCCAAUGUUGGAAUGCGUUGAUAGCCCGCAUUUUCCCUUCGAGAAGUAACAUCGUGAUGUACAUGAAGAACAAGCAAAUAGCCGGUAUGAUUGGACAAAAUGUUGAGCUUCAACUCUUCGAUGGCGUAUACACAAUUUAUGCAAAAAUUUUAAAGUUGAAAGAUAUACCUACGGUCAAAAAAUUUGCUUGUUUCAGACAGUCUAUAUUAGUUACAUUUGGUCUACCUGGCAAAGUCUUUGCUCGAUUAAAUUGUAUUUUUUUAAUCAUUCCAAUGACGCGUUCGUUGACCGUAGUUCAUAUCAAUCAAACAUUUUGCUGUCACAACAUAUAUCAUUAUUUUGGGUGUUCGCCGAUAUGUUUAUGCGGUAAUAAUUAAUCACAUAUGUGAGGAGCCAUAUAUCUGUACAACAAACAUAAUUAUACGAAAUAAAUUGGGAUAAAUGUGAA